AUGGGGAGAGGAAUCUGCACCGAUACGGACAGCGGCAAUCGGAAUGACUUACAGGCGGCAGAGGCAAUAUGCAACAAUGUCAAUCAAUAUAUGGCCACGCAUGACUCUCAGCAGCACGAAAUUAACUUACUGAGUGGCCGUUCUUUGGGCUUGCGACGUCAACCCACCAGGUAUCCACACGGCGUUGCAGUUUGCGUGCAGACAAUCGCUGAUGUGGCAGAGGCGCAGGCACAUCACCACCAUCAUUGUGGUGAUUAUUCGCGGGCUUCCACGUUGCGGAGCUCAAGUUGGGAUGGCAAACAACAACAACAAUUGAAUCUCAAAUGCCAGGUGGUUGGAAUGUUCAACAGCCCCGUUGAGAAUUUGGCCGAAUUGCAGGUGCGCCGCCAUAAAUACCCUCUCACCGGCAACUACUAUCUUGACUCACAAGAAGCUGCGACGAAGACAUCGUUGAUGACACUUCAGUUCGCAAAACGCUUCUGCAAAUGGAGGUACUUGCGAUGGCCUUUGAUAUUUUCAGCCAGCGUUUUGGUAUUCUUCGGCCUGAUAACCUACAGCAUUUGGCUGCAUGACAUCAGCGUUGCCAGAGAACGGUAUGUACAACAGAAAAAACAAAGCUAUGAGGAUGAUGCGAUUGAAACAAAAGGGACUGCAAAUGCCACGCCCCCUGACAACAGCACGGCCCGGGUAACAGCCAGAGAGCCAGUAACGAAAAGUAGUCAAGUGAUGCGAGAAUCUACAAUAAUGCGUACAUUGAGCUCGAGAUCCCGGAACAGGCCUAAGCAACAAAAACUGUCCACCACAGUCUAUGGUUCAACCAAAGGUGCUGGCUCAUGGGAUAAGCAGCGCAAGGAUUUUCAUCUCGAAUCUACGACAAUGGCCGAGGAAUCCACAACGAUGAUUUCGGAAGGGGCGGCUUUUGUCCCAGCAAAUGUUUUACGAUUUACCUCUGGUCACCAAAAUAGCUUUGGUGUUCCUAUUGAGGAGGACGAACGCAUUCUUCGGCUAAUUGACGGACUAUUUCCCGGUCAUGUACCCCCUCUAACAACUGCUGCCUAUGUUGAAUCCAUGACCAAAGUAUCGCCCACCAUUCCGCCGGUGAGGCACAGCAAACCCACCGACCCAAUGAUGUUGACUGCCACCAAAUCAACAAAUACUUUGGAUAACCGCUGCUACUCAACUUCCCUACAAAUGUGUCAGGGUGUUUUGGAAUAUGAUUUGACAUAUAACAUUUCAGGUCACACCAUGCCGCCUGACCUCAAGGACUACCAGUUGAUGGUAAACUCUAAUUGUUCCGCCAGAUCUGUCGAAUUCAUUUGCGCCGUUUUGGAGCCAGAGUGUACACCCACACAUAUUGGUUUUCUGCCGCCAUGUAGGAGGAUAUGUAAAGCCAUUCGUGAAGCUUGCUCUGAAGUUAUAGCUAACUCAGAUCGUCUGACAGAAACAUUCGAUUGCAGUUUGUAUCCAGACUCGAAUGACCCUCAACGUUGCGACGAUCCCACCCGGAGGAAGAGUUACUGUUAUGACAACGAAUUGGAAUGUUACGAUAACUCCUGCAUCCCCAAACAGUGGCAGUGCGACAACAUAAAGGACUGCUCGGAAGGAGAAGAUGAGGACAAUUGUUUGUCAUGCGAUCGGCCGGACGACUUUCGUUGCCGCUCAAAUGAAAAAUGUGUACCUGAUACCUCACGAUGUGAUACCAAAUAUGACUGUUUCGAUGGUUCCGACGAGGAGAAUUGCAGUGAUUUCGACAACGAGGACAGUUCUCGGUUCGACGAGGAUGUCAUCAAUGCUUUCCCAAGAGUAUUUUCGUACGCCAGCAUUUUCCUUCCAAAUCAAACCAACGACAGCCUGUACACAUACAUAACCGCCACAACAGACGAUCAGAAUCCGCCAAGCCCACUACAGCUGCACGGUACUGGCAAUCACACCAUUGGAAUAUCAAAAGAAGAAGUUACGAAUGCGGUGCCAUCGGAUGGACUAAAGGGUUUCUUCAAUUUUCGCGAUAGCAAAGAAAUCAUGAUGACCAGUGAUUCCGAAAACAACUUUGAGAUAUCAGCAACACGUGGAAAUCGGUCAACGAGCACAACACCCUUACAGCCAGCCGCUUCGAUUCUGGUGGCUGUUAGUACCGAGCCCCCUAAUGUGAAGUUAGUUCCGGAAGCGUGUGCUCCGCAUGAAUUGCGAUGCGUUAGCGGGAAGUGUAUAACGGUUAAACAGCUCUGUGAUAAGAUAAACGAUUGUCCUGAUGGAUUUGAUGAAUUGAUGUGUGUCUACAAGGACCGUACAACGACGGCGCGGAGUCGAGGAACCACAAUUAUUCCCAACCCUUACACAACACUAGCUGGCAGUAACUCCACCCGAUCUGAUAAACGGACCAUUAGAACCACUAUAAAACGAAAAAUCAAAGUAUAG